UGCAAAUACGCGUUAUCGUCUACACCACCACGUCCCUUGUCAAGCAAGCCCAAUCCACGCGAACCGCGCGACUUCUCGGACCGUCGGGUCGGGGAAAUCUUCCGCAGCAUGCAGCAACUCGACCGGUCUAUCCCGUCGUUGUUACACCGGCAUUACACGACCAUUACCGGGGCCAUACAACGGCUCCAGGUGACACAGACAUAGGCUGAAGAUGGCUUCAUGGUAUGAGCCAGCUGGUUGGGAUUUAUUUGUGUUCAUGAGGAGAGGUCGGGUACAAGAUCAACGACCACGAUGUUGUUCAAAUGCCCAGGAAUAGUCCGCAGUUGUCCUCGUCUGGCUAGCUCUCUCGCGGUACCAUCAUCACCAUCUUCUUCAUCGUUCCCAGCUUCAAGCAACCUUGGGCGCCAUCUUCAUCGUAACCUGCGCCUUUCUGCCCUUUCCGGCCAUUCCUUCCAGGACCCCUUGCCACCACGCUUACGCUCAUACGCACGCGCCAUCACCAUGGCCUCAGGCAACAAUACAGCUGCAUUCCUGACCGAGGCCAAGGCACACCCGUUUGUGGUGGGGCCCGCCCCCGUCUGGACCCCCGAGGCCGAUGAGAUUCUCGUCAAGAACGAGGCGGUUGCCAUCAACCCCGUCGAUGGCAAUCUCCAGUACAUGGCCAUCUACCCGCUUAACUACCCGACCGUCCUAGGCCAGGACGUCGCCGGCAGGGUUGUCGCCGUAGGUUCUGGUGUGACCCGCUUCCAAGUGGGUGAUCGUGUUGUUGGACACGCCACCAGCAUGAUCAGUGGGCGGCAACAGGACGGCGGCUUCCAGCUGCACACCAUUCUGCAGACCAAUAUGGCCAGCCCUAUCCCGGCUAGCAUGUCAUACGAGACAGCCGUGGUUCUCCCCCUGGGGCUCACGACCGCCGCCGCCAUGAUGUUCCAGAAGGCCCUUCUCAACCUACAACGACCCGUCCAGCCAGCUCGCCAGCCCGGUGGUGAGACACUGCUCGUAUGGGGUGGUGCCUCGAGUGUUGGCAGUAACGCCAUCCAGCUGGCCGUUGCCGCCGGCUACGAGGUCAUCACUACGGCCUCGCCUCACAACUUUGACUAUGUGAAGAAGCUUGGCGCGUCUCAAGCGUUUGAUUACAAGAGCCCGACGGUGCGUGAGGACCUGUUGACAGCUCUUGGGUCGAAGACCUUGGCGGGCGUCGUGGACUGCAUCGGAGCAUCAGCUUGGGCAAUCUGCGUGGAUGUGGCAUCGAAAUCACGGGGAAACAAGUUCAUCGUGACAACGAAGCGAGGCUUCCCCGAUCCACCGGAAGGCGUCACGCUGCAGCCCGUUUUCGGCCUGACCAUUAGGGACGACGAAAUAAGCAAGGCUAUCUACGAGGACUUUCUGCCCAAGGCACUAGAGGCAGGUUCGUUCACGCCUGCACCAGAGCCAUUGGUCGUGGGCCAGGGACUAGAGAGUAUCCAGGCUGCUGUUGACCUUCAACGGGCUGGUGUGUCGGCGAAGAAAGUCGUAGUCAAACUGUGAACAGGCAGGCAUACUAAAACAUGAACCCUCUGGUAGAUACCUACCAUAGAACCUCCUAGGGCAAUACCAAGACUUGUUUUCCCCGCCUAGAUUG